UAUAUUGGUUUGGUUUCUUCUUAUUACUACUCCUACUUUCUUUGCAUUGAUCAGUGGGAAUUUGAAGAAACCGAAGGGUUUGCUUUGUGGGAAUUGAAGAGACUCUGAUAUCGUAUCCGUUUAGAAUGUGGGUUUGAAGCAUCAGAAGCAUUCAUCUACUUUGGUAGAGUACGUUGGACUCUCUAUAACGGGUUUGUCUCUUUUGUUUUCAAAUUCUUGUUCUGGGUCUUUGAUUCUCUGUAUUGAAUAUAUUCUUGAUAAGGGUUUUGAGAAAAAUUGGAUUUUGGAUUGGGGUUUUGGAGACUGGGAGUUUUUUUUUUUUUUUUUUUUAAAUUCCAUUGUGGUUUUUUGAAUUGAUUAGUUUGUGGGGUUUUGAUUUGAUGUGGUGUUUGGGAAUUUGGUAUUGGAGACGUGAAGUUUAUUGCAAUUUUUUUUUGUGGUUUAUGCAUUCAGUUCUUAGAGAUUAUAGUAGAUUUUGAAACCUGAUAGUCAUUGGAGUUAUUAAGAGUAGUGAAGUAGUGAACAUACAUACGCUGGAUUUUUGAAAUUGGAUUUCAUAAGUGGGUUUUGGAACUGGAGAGAUUCUGUGGGGAGAUUGUUGCUUUUGGUUUUCUUGUACUAGAUUCCUGAGGAAUUGAAUUCAUCUGUGAGUUUGGAGAUAGGAGAGGUUUUGUUGAUUCUGGGGGAAGGUUCUUGUGUUGCAUGCUGUUUUUUCUAGUUGGCGUUAGUUUGUGUCACUAUGUCAGGCGGGACCCCAACUGGGGGUGGAUAUAUGAGGCAGAGGCACAGCCAGGGGUAUGCCUCGAGUGGUGAUGACCUUGAGGAUGAUGCAUGCUCGAGGACACGUCCUACAUCACCUUCAGUUCCAAGAAACCGGACAUGGAUUGAGAUUUUGGAGAAUUUCCUUUGGCUUGCUUCAGCAGUCUUUAUUAUAUACUAUGGUGAUCGGCGCUCCAAUUUGAUAUAUCUCUUGUUGCAUGAUGGCCGAAUCAGAAGAACACCUUUAUACCUUGGGAUGUUGGGUGUCGGUUUGAAUGUUCUCAUCUUCGUUUAUUCAAGUAUGUCAAUUUGGAGUGUCAGGAGGUUUGAUGAAAAAUGGGAACUGACAAGUAUAUCUGUUUUGCCGUUCGUUACCCUUCUUGGACUCGUCUCAUUUUGCUUGUUGUGUUUUGCUUUGUGGCCAAUAUGGAGUUUCCUGAGCCUUCCUCUUCUGUUCACACUCUUUAUGGCCGGCAUGGUUAUAUUCCCCCAAAUUUUGAUUGGGACAUUCAGGCCACAAUACGAUAUGUUCCGUAUAGAUUAAGCCUCCUGGGAUGCAUGCGAUAAAGAAUACUGACAUAGAUGAAGAGUUGCUAACUCAAACAUGGGUAAUUGGUUGCAGGGAUUAAAGGUUGAAAUUUUGUCCUCCAUUAUGUGAAGCAUUCCAGCCCUUGUUGGCCAUAUUGGUGCUACCGAUGAUUAAGCUGGUUGUUUUUUAAUCAGUCAGCUUUUAUUUUACACGGUUUACACGGCAACCGGACCCUGAUGAUUGAUACAUGAUGAUGGUACAACCUCAUCAACUUUUCUUAUACACCCAGAGCUAAAGGUCUCAUUGAAAUGAAAUUAGUUUUCUGCUGAGUUGAUACCCAUUGCCUAGUCUUCUUCGGUUCUUUCAGAUCAAUUUUUUAGUAUCGCUUUGCAUCUUUGUUCUCUGAUGCUUUGAGUUUGUUCAGAACUCAUCUUUGGAAUAGGAGGCUGUGAUUUCAUUUUAGUUAUAAAAUCGAGUUUUCAUUGUUA